AUGCACUUCUCCAAGUUCAUCCUGGCUGUUCUGCCUGCCCUCGCUCUUGCUGAUGAGACCACCACUCAGACGUCUACCGCCGUCGUGACCAAGACCUACUACCUCUCUUCGGUCCGCACUAUCACCGCCACUGGUGAGAGCACUACUGCUGUCGAGACCUCGGCCGAGAUCUUCUCCACUGCUGUCGUUGAGGAGAAGACCACCUUCUUGCCUGUUCACCACAACAACACCACUCCCGCUGUGUCCACCCCCAAGGCCACUGGUACUGCUGGUACCACUGGUGGCUCAUCUGAGCCUUCCAAGAUCCCCGAGAACGCUGGAGCUGCCGUCGCUGUUGGCAAGUUCGCCAUGGUGGGUGUUGCUGGUAUGGUCGCCGCUGCUCUUCUGUAA